AAUCACUUUACCAUUUCUAUUGGUAAUCGCUUUUCCUUUUAUUCUCACCUGUCAUCACCGCCGUCUGAGCCGUACUGCCGCCCACAUUCACAGCCGCGCCGCUGUGGAUUCGAGGUUCAGUCAGUUGCCUAUUAUAUCCAUCGUUGUCUCUCGCGUGAGCUGAUACGCGUAAUUAGACGAUACAUCCCAUUCUUAUUUUUUGCGGCUCACGAGGCCAUUUUUUUAUGCGCGAGAUUUGAGAAUAUUCGUCGUGCUUGCCGAGAGAUCGGAGGGUUGUUAAGAUAUUGUUCCGAAAAGGUGUUAUCUUGAUGUAUUGAUGUUUGGAUGGUUCUGAUCCGUUUAGACCGAAGGUAUCAAGAAUGAAAGGAGGCAUUCAAGGACUCAAAAUUUCGCAGGUCUCCCUCUUCCUUCUUGGGUUAGUGUGUGUUGCUGUGCUUGCAUUGACAUGGAAGAAGACCGCAUUGCUGGCCUCGUUCGUCCCUUCUUCCCAGAGUAGUGUCUUGCAACUGGAUCAAAUAGAUGAUCCUGACAAUGUUACAGAAAGAACAGGGUCACAAGAAGUUUCUCAAAGAGAAAAUAAAUCAAAACAUGAAGAGGUGGUGCCAGAAUCAUCUGUCGAAAGUGAGCAAACUGGAAACUUACCCGCUACCACUGAGAAUAAAGAAAUUCUUCCCAAUGUUAAAGAAAAAACAAAAUUAAAUGAACACCCUGGUGGAAAAGACAUAUCAAAACAAGCAGAAAUUGAGCCAGACAAAUCUUUAAAACCAUUGGAAACAAGAAAUUUUUCGGCUAGUACUGAGAGAAAAGAUUGUAAUUAUGCAAAAGGUAAAUGGGUAUUUGACAAUAGCCGACCUUUAUAUUCUGGUUUCGGCUGUAAGCAAUGGUUGUCGCCAAUGUGGGCCUGCCGCCUGACACAGCGUACAGAUUUUGAAUACGAAAAACUACGCUGGAAACCAAAGGACUGUAAAAUGGAAGAAUUCACGCGUUCCAAGUUUCUGCAGAGAUGCUGAAUAAAACCCUGGCGUUCGUUGGGGACUCACUCGGCCGCCAGCAGUUCCAAUCCCUGAUGUGCAUGGCGACAGGUGGAGAGGAAAGUCCCAACAUCCUCGAUGUGGGCCACGAAUACGGGCUUGUCAAAGCCCGCGGUGCCCUCAGGCCCGACGGCUGGGCCUACCGUUUUCCCACCACCAACACCACAAUCCUCUACUACUGGUCCGCAAGCCUCUGUGAUCUACAACCAAUCAAUUCUUCUGACCCAAAUACCGAAAUCGCCAUGCACCUCGACAAGGCCCCUUCCUUUUUAACCCGGUUUAUUCACAAAUUCGACGUCCUUAUUCUCAACACCGGCCACCACUGGAACAGAGGUAAACUCAAGGCCAACAAGUGGGUCAUGUAUGUGGGCGGGGCCCCGAAUACGAACAGGAGAAUUGCGGAAAUUGCUGGCGCGAAAAAUUUUACGGUGCACAGUAUUGUGAAAUGGGUCGAUUCGCAGCUGCCUUUGUAUCCCGGUUUGAAAGCUUUUUUCCGUUCGAUUUCGCCUAGGCAUUUUUUUAAUGGGGAUUGGAAUACAGGGGGCACUUGUGACAAUACUACCCCUCUUUCUGGAGGGAAGGAGGUUUUGAAGGAUGAGUCUAGUGACCCUGAUGCUGCUGAGGCUGUGAAGGGGACUAACGUGAAGCUUUUGGAUAUAACUGCUUUAUCUGAGUUGAGGGAUGAAGGACAUAUUUCACGUUACAGUAUUCGAGCAACGCCAGGUAUGCAGGAUUGUCUGCACUGGUGUAUGCCUGGAGUUCCCGACACUUGGAACGAGAUUUUAUUCGCUCAGAUAUGAUUUUUUUUAUUUUAGAUGAUUUUUAAGAUCCCGGGAGAGGAUUUAGGAAGUCGAAAGCCUUUUAGUUUUUUUCUUUUUUCAUAUUAUUAUAGUUUGUUUUUCAGCAUUAUAUAUGGUUACUUGGUUGUUUGCAGUUAUUCUUUGCUUAACACAGCUUUUUUACGAGUUUAGUUGUGUGGUCGGAUGAGUGAGCACACGGUGGAAUUUCGACAUCUAUACGUGUUACACGAGCUAUUUUGUUUGUGUUCUGUUGUAUUAUUAUAUACAUUCAUUGAUCCAUGUACAAGGAUGCUGAAUUCUUUAGGUGUAAUUUAUCUUAUAGCCUAGUCCCAGUUGUCAAUUUUGCUUAUUGUGAGGGAAAUGAUUUUGAAUUUUGG